CCUCACUCCCUGAGUUCCCCCACCUCCCCUCGGUCGCACUCUAACUGGUCGGGGCGGCGUUGAUGCAUCCCAUUGUUUUUAAGCGUCAAUUGUUUCAUCGUUUGUUCAGUUGCAGAGCAUCAGCCGAAGUACAUACAUUAUACCCUAGUGCGCUGUACUGUCGUUGAUCGUCUAUUCCCCCGAGUUGAUGUCCGCUACAAUUAUUCGGUCUCGAGAUCACCUGCCAUUCCCUUGGUCGCUCAAAUUGGUACCCUACUGUUUCAGGACAUAGAAAAUGCUCGAAGACAGAAUGGAGGCGCUGUCGCCGCGGUCGACGAACCAGAUGAUUAAACCCAAGAUCUCGAUGGAGCGCAAAGUGUUGGAUAAGAACGCCGCUGCGGCUGCCCAGAAAGCUUCGUCGAAGAACCAUGCACCUCCGCCGCCGUCGCUGGUUUUAGAGCCGGAGGAUGAUGGAGAGCGAUACUCGACGGGCGCGUUUCUUGGAAAGGGAGGCUUUGCGAUCUGCUACGAAGGGACGUUAUUACGUACCGGUCGCGUUUUCGCAAUGAAAGUAGUCAGAUCCGAGAUGGCACAGAAGAAGAUGCAGGAGAAGUUUCGCACCGAACUCCAAAUCCACUCGAAGAUGCGCCACCCUCACAUCGUCGGAUUCCAUCGCGCCUUCGCCUUCGAUAGUAGCAUAUAUGUCAUCUUGGAACUGUGCCCUAACGGCUCCGUCAUGGAUAUGGUCAGAAAGAGGAAGUGCUUGAGUUUGCCCGAGGUCCGACGGUUUAUGAUCCAGCUCUGCGGCGCGAUCAAAUAUCUACACAAGCGGAAUGUCGCACAUCGGGAUCUGAAGAUGGGAAACCUGUUUCUGGAUCAAAAUAUGGAUAUCAAAGUGGGUGACUUUGGUCUGGCAGCAAUGAUCAUGUCGGAGAAGGAUGAGAAGAGGAGGAAGACGCUGUGCGGGACGCCAAAUUACAUUGCUCCAGAAGUUCUCGACAAAAGUAAAGGGGGGCAUACCCAGAAGGUGGAUAUAUGGUCCUUGGGAGUUAUUUGCUUCGCCAUGCUCACCGGAUACCCGCCAUUCCAAUCCAAAACACAAGAGGAGAUUUACAAGAAAGUACGAAAUUUGGCCUACGUGUGGCCGAAAGGCACCGAAUGCGCCAAUCACAUUCCCGAAGAAGCCAAGUCUCUGGUCAGCUUGUGCCUGAAUCUAGCCGAAGAGGAGCGCCCCGAACCGGACGAUAUCGUGGAGCAUCCGUUCUUCAGGAUGUACGACGGCUGCAUACCUAAACGACUUGAUCCGGCUUGUUGCAUUGGAAGGCCGAUUUGGCUCAAGCCGGAGGAACCCCGCGGCGAUCGAAUGAUGUAUGGGAACAGCUUGGAGUAUGACGAGAAGUUGUCCGGCUACAUUGAACACGUGGAUGAUCCGAGCCAGCGGUAUUUGAUUUGCAGGGCGGCCUUCUACACCCUCUGCGGCGUGGGCAGAAAGCCAGACGGCACUGCCCGCAAAGCGGCAGGAAAGAAUUGUUCGAAGUCUGCAUAUGCCGAGUGUCUAGCCGAGGAGGAAAAGGGCUUCCAGCCGGUCAUACCACUACCAGAGGACAUCGUGUAUAGAUACCCCCACGAGCCGGUGGGAGACUGGAGCGACCCUGAUUCUACCCUCCUGUCCCGCAGAGAUGGAUCUUCAUUCGAAGACAGUGCCAUGUCACGAAAGAGCAGUGCACCCGCCCGGACCAAUGUGGCAUCCCUUACCCGAACUCAAGCGGCACUGGCUGCUGCUCAGCAGCGGCGGAAGGAGUCCCAGAGUCAUGCGGCGACUCUGCGGCAGCAAGCAGCGACCGGACGAGGGUCUGUCCGGAAGAUUGCCGCCGUCUGCGACCCGGUGGCCCCGUCGGCAAGGGCUUUGCCCGAUGGAAGAGAGCCGGAGGGCAAUCCUGCCGUCGUGCCUUCGGGCGGCCUGGCGGAGCGGCCAAUUCGCACACGGCGUGGCGUGGCAGCAUCGUAUUCGGGCUCGCUGCGCGACCUUGACAGGAACAUUGCGCCCCAGAUCCCCAAAUCCAGUACGGCACCGGAUGUUUUGGCAAUCGGAAAGACUCGCUCCCAGACCCGCUCGCAGUCCCGACGACUGGAGGCUGCCAGUCAAGAAGCUUGCCAUGCCCCUCUCGUUAAAGAGCGCACCGCAACUGUAGCAGUGGAUGACCUGCCGGUCAGAUCACGUCAGCCUUCGCUACGGUCGAUGCCGAAGUCCACCACCCGGGCAGUCCCUAAAGAAGCGGAAGACCCGAAAGAUGUGGUCAAGGAAGAUCUGAGACUGAAAAGUCACCCCGUGCGCCCUGACCCUUCUUCGCAACCUUUGAGUCGGUCUGGCAGCAAGACUGCCUCAUCUACCAGUAAGCCACGCUCGACUCUAGGCCUACAUCCCUUAUUCCACCUGGAGGAUCCAUGGGAGGCCUUGCCACGGACGUCCCUGGAUGAUGUAAACAUGGAUCUCCGGCAUAUGCUGUCCAACAUGGUCCCUCACUCAGCGGCUCGGCGGCGGGCUGGGCUUCGACGACCACCUCAUGCCUAUGUCAUCAAAUGGGUCGACUAUACCAAUCGGUACGGCAUCGGCUAUGUCUUGGACGAUGGCAGUGUAGGCUGCGUGUUCAAGGCCGAGAAUGGUCAGCCAGCGAGUGGGGUCGUAGUGCGAGAUGGCGAGAAACAUAUCCGGCGUAAAGCCCGUAGCCAGGACACACACGAGGGGGCCGCUUAUGUGUAUCCCGAGGCGGACCAGCUCAUCCCUCGCAACGGUAAGCCGGUAGAGUUUUACGAGAAUUGCCCCAGCGACUUUGCGGAAUGCCGCGGGGGGAUUCGGAGAGCUCUGAUCUCCCCGUCGUUGUUCGAGGUCAAGUCGUCCUCCAGCGGGUCCUCUGGAGCGGGCAUCAAGAUCCGCACCAACUCGGGUCUCGACUGUGCCCGGGCAGAUGCGGAAAAGAUCAAACGCGUCAAGCUGGUGGAUCAAUUCGGCAAGUAUAUGAUCGGGUCUCUAGGCCGACACGGGGAUGAUGCUGUGUUUGAGGACGAGUUGGGGUCCGGUAGCUCGGGCCAGUUCAUCAAAUUCUACCAACGACUAGGCAACGUCGGUGUCUGGGGAUUUGGCGAUGGGGCUUUCCAGUUCAACUUUCCCGAUCAUACCAAGCUCGUGAUCGCUCCGGGCCGCACGAGAAGUUCGUCGCCCUGGAUCGACUUUUACCACCUCUCGCCGUCUGCUGCCCGGUACCUCAGUACGAAGGGCAAGAUGCACCCAUCCGGGUUCGACACGCGGGCGGUGACUUCCGAGGAGGUUUCCACCUUCCUCGGCAUUGCAUAUGGCACGGGGGUGAGCUCUUCGGACGACCGGAUUCGCGACAUCCUCGACGCCAAUUCGUUCCUCCAGAAGAUCAGCUUCAUCAAGGAAGUGAUGAAAGGAUGGGUGAAGCAGGGGCGCCUCGGGGGACGAGCAGCGCCGGAUCGAAGUGGCGGCGCAGGCCCGAUGGAGUUGUUCUGGGAGGGAUCCCAGGAGCGGGCCGCGGGGGGAAGUGGCAGCAAGUUUGUGUGGGUGACGGUGGGCGCCCCGGGCGGAGAUGGCGAGUACCGGUCCGUGUCCCUGAAGGAGAAAAGACUCGAAGCCGAGGAGGACGGCGAGGGGGAUGCAUUACGGGAGCGGCUUCGGAUGCUGGGGAGACCACUGUAGGAGAGAGCGCGUCCGUGGUUUUUCUUUACGACGAUAUGACAAGCCUAUUGUUGGCGUUUGUGAUUUGCGCGGUAUAUUUUAGGGUUGGCAUGGCGCAGACGCCGUGUCCGGGUUGGUUUCUAUCAAUUCUGUAUUUGAUCACUG